AUGGCACCAAGUCGUCGCAUGCAGAAGCAGGGUGUUCCUGGACCCCUGGACGAAUCACUGGUUUCAAGGAAGAGAAAGGACGCUCCCCCGCCGCCAGAGGCAACAUACAAGAAACGCAGAACAGACCCCAACAAGCCAAAGAACUCUGCUGGAAAGAAGACGACCAAGGGCAAAUUCGUGGCAAAUGGAAAGACUCCCAAGGUUGUCGCAAAGAAGGCACAACAGCUCGUUGCAUCCGACGACGAGGACGUUGAGGACGAUUCAGAUGUCGCCGACGACUUGGGCGUGCUCGAGUCGGACGAUGAGCCCGCCGAGGACGACGACUUCAUGGACUCAGACGACCCCGAUGUACAGCGUGCCAUGUGGUCUGAGGACGAAGAUGCCUCAGAUGCCGAGGAGAUUUUGAAUGCCGCCAACAUUGCUGGACUUUCCGGUCGCCUCGACGAGGAAGCCGCCCAGGAAGCCGCCGACGCGCAAGCCGAACUCGAGGACGAUGCCAUGCAGACCAACAUUGCCGCCGCCGACAUCCCCGAAGACGAGGACGACGACGAGGCCGCGAUCCGAAAGGCCACUCUUGCUCCCGACCUCCAGCUCCUCCGUACCCGUAUCACAGAGACCACCCGUGUCUUGACCAGCUUCAAGGAGCUGUCCGACCCUUCGCGCUCGCGCACCGACUACAUCAACUCCCUUCUCAACGACAUCUGCGCCUACUAUGGCUACUCGCGCUUCUUGGCCGAGAAGCUGUGGAGACUGUUCACCCCUCAGGAAGCCCUCGCCUUCUUCGACGCAAACGAAACUCCUCGUCCUCUGGUCAUCAGAACAAACACUCUCCGCACUCAUCGCCGUGAUCUCGCACAUUCUCUGAUCAACCGUGGUGUCACCCUUGAGCCCGUUGGAAAGUGGAGCAAGGUUGGUCUGCAGGUCUUCGAAUCUCAGGUUCCCUUGGGUGCCACCCCCGAAUAUCUCGCUGGACAUUACAUCCUCCAAGCCGCCAGUUCGUUCUUGCCCGUCAUGGCUUUGGCUCCGCAAGAGAACGAGCGUGUCCUGGAUAUGGCCGCUGCUCCCGGUGGUAAAACAACACACGCCGCUGCUCUGAUGCGCAACACUGGUGUCAUCUUCGCCAACGAUGCCAGCAAGGUCCGUGCCAAGGGUCUGAUUGGUAACAUUCACCGUCUGGGUGUCAAGAACACCAUCGUCUGCCACUACUCUGCCCUCGAGUUCCCUAAGGUCAUGGGUGGCUUCGACAGAGUUCUUCUCGAUGCUCCUUGCUCUGGUACUGGUGUCAUCGCCAAGGAUCAAAGUGUCAAGACCAACAAGACCGAAGCCGAUUUCCUGCGCCUGCCCCAUCUUCAGAAGCAGCUUUUGCUUGCCGCUAUCGACUCUGUAGACCACGCAUCGAAGACUGGUGGUUACAUUGUCUACUCAACAUGUAGUGUCACAGUGGAGGAGAACGAACAAGUCGUUCAAUACGCCCUGAACAGACGUCCCAACGUCAAGCUUGUCAGCACUGGUCUCGUCUUCGGCAAGGAGGGCUUCACCAGCUUCAUGGGCAAGAAGUUCCACCCCACCCUGAAGGAGACCAGAAGAUACUACCCUCACGCCUAUAACGUUGACGGUUUCUUCGUCGCCAAGUUCAAGAAGACCGGCCCCACACCUGCCAACGCCAUCAAGGCCCAAGGCCAGGAAGUCCAGAAGCAAAAUCUGAAGAAGGACAUCGACGAGGAGGUUAUCGAUAGAACUCCCAUCAGCGAGGAGGCCGAAAACGAUGAGUUCGGCGGCUUCUCUGACUCGGAGGACGAAGCCAUCAUCCAACGUGCCCGCGCUAAGCAACUCAAGAAGAGGGGCAUUGAUCCCAAAGCCACAAAGCCUGCUAAGCAGCAGCCCAAGGAGAAGGAAGUCACAGCUGAGCAGUCAAAUGCUGAGGAUCAAUUAGAAGAGAAGGCAGUAAAGUCACCGUCAGGAACAAAAAGCCCAAAGGUAGCUGAGAAGCCUGUCGAGAAUGGUGUUAGCGAGGCCGGCGGACAUGCCAAUGGCACUCCAACGGAGGUUCAAAGCAAGAAGGAGAAGAGAACUUUGAACAAGGCAGGCAAGAAGGCCAAGGCUAGCCCCAAGGCCAAAUAG